AUGGGACCGGAUACGCCUCUGCCUCUUCCGCCCGGAUUUGCAAACACCGACGAGUACGUUGAGUCACUGCUCAACUUUUCCACCUCCUCAUGGCUGCUCCAAACACUGUGCGGAGGUGUUCACAUUCUGGACUUUUACACCCGGUCACCUGAUCUGUACUCGCACAUCUUGCCUCAGUCAUGGAGGGACUGGUUCAAGACACGAGAUAUCAUGGACAUCUUGGAUUUGCUCAUGAGAGAAGACCUCUGCCAAUUUGACAUGAACCGAGGCGAUGCCAAUGCGCAAUGGCGCGGGGGGCCAGCGCCGCCAGAGGAGUUACUCGAGUACAUCAGGAGCGUCCGGAGGCACCUGUUGGCACGCGACUUUCCUCCACCCAACUCCAACAUUACGUCUGAAAAGCCUGCUUUGCCACGCCAUAUUGCCAUGGGCAUGAAAGUAAAGAAAGUGCAUGAGGUGGACAACUUUGCGCGCUACAUCGAUAGACUGACGUCUGAGAUUGCGGCGUCCAAGAAGAAGCCCAUUACGCAUCUUGUAGAUUUCGGGUCGGGUCAGAACUACCUUGGGCGCGCCCUUGCUGCAGCACCAUAUUCAAAACACAUUGUCGCAGUCGAGAGCAAGCAGCACAACAUUGAGGGUGCCAAGAACAUGGACAUGUUGGCAAAACUGGUACCCAAGCCUGUCGUCAUGAGGAACAAGAAGGAGUACCGGGCGAAAACAGGAAAGGUCAAGAAAGGCAGGGAGAAUGGGGUCAGCGCUCUAUCCAGCUCAGAGGCAACAGAGCCGCAUGUAGACGCCCAAGCAAACGGGACUUUGUCUCAUCCAACCAGCGAUCAUGCUCUAGCUCCUUCACCACUGGAUGGGAUACAAUGUGACGACGAGGAAUGCGCACUUCCACAAGUACCCCAGACAUCUGUAAACAGCAUAGAAGCUGAUUCGCCCAAAGAAGAGAAGAGUGCGGAUGCAGCUCAGGCGACAAAGACAUCUACGCUUCAGAUAUACAACGAAGGCCAUGGCAGCGUCCAGUACGUUGAACAUGUCAUCAAAGGUGGCGACCUGACACCGGUCAUCAAUCAAGUCCUGGAUACCUCGCGUGUACCAGAGGAUAUUGUUAAAUCGGAUUCGGCCGUAGUUGCUGAGGCUACAAACCUGGACGUGGUACCCAAACCCAACGACGUAAAUGCGAUGGUCAUUUCUCUUCACUCGUGCGGUAACCUGGUCCACUACGGGCUCCGAUCCAUGAUGCUCAACCCUCACAUAUCCGCUGUAGCCAUGGUGGGUUGUUGUUACAACUUGCUCACUGAACGACUUGGUCCGCCAACGUACAAGCUGCCCACAUUACGUGCGAACCAUCCACGCCUGGAAUCCACUUCCAAUGCCUUCGACCCCAACGGCUUUCCCAUGUCGGAGAAGCUCGUAAACUACCCGCUACCACACGCCCCUCUUGAUUCGCGCGACGGCGAGCAAGGAGAACAGCCCAAAGGCGUACGACUCAACAUCACUGCCCGUAUGAUGGCUGUUCAGGCGCCUUUCAACUGGGGACCCGUCGACUCUGACCUCUUUUUCACACGCCACUUCUUUCGAGCACUGCUUCAGCGCAUCUUCCUCGAUCGCGGCGUAGUUUCGGCGCCGCUACACGAACAAGGGCUUGCCGGCAGUGCCGUGUCAGCAAACGGCCAUACGUCGCAGGUGAAUUGGACACCGCCCAAUGGUCGCGGGCCUGGCCUCUCUUCAGAUGGAACCUCUACGCCCCUGACUAUUGGCACGCUACGCAAGUUUGCUUACAACGACUUUGUGUCGUACGUUCGGGCCGCGCUUGCAAAACUCACGGCAGAGAACUCGUUUUGCGAGAUCGACCCCAGUUUUAUCAAGGAGAAGAUGGAUGGUUUGACUGACGACGACAUUAGGGACUAUGAGGUCCGCUAUGCAGAGAGGAAGAAGGAUCUGAGUGUCAUGUGGAGUUUGAUGGCCUUCAGCGCUGGCGUGGUUGAAGCGGUUGUAGUCACGGAUCGAUACCUGUGGCUCAAGGAGCAGGAAGAGGUUGAGCAUGCGUGGGUCGAGCCCGUAUUCGAGUACAAGCACAGUCCCCGCAACCUUGUUGUAGUGGGCCUCAAAAAAUAG